UUUUUCUUUUUCGGCGUAACCUACAUCUACACUAGCAAAACAAAGAGACGAAGUGGACGAGUCCAAUCAGGAAAGAUGACUGGGGAUGAAUUAAUCAGAAGAAUGAACGGAGAAGAAGAGUCAAAAGAGGAGGAAAUUGUUUGCUUAGACGAAUCUUUCUUUAUCAAUGACGAUUACCAGCUGACCACUUUUACAUUUGGGUCUCAUGUUCUUCAGCUUCUAUGUCUCCAGUCUGCAUCUACUGAUUUUGAUUUGACAGGGCAACUAGUGUGGCCUGGUGCCAAGCUAUUGAAUGAUUAUCUCUCAAAAAAUGCUGAGAUGCUCCAAGGAUGUUCUGUUCUAGAGUUAGGAUCUGGUGUAGGAGUUACUGGGAUACUAUGUGGCAGAUUUUGUCGUCAAGUUGUGUUAACUGAUCACAAUGAUGAAGUGUUGAAGAUCAUCAAGAAAAAUAUAGAGCUUCAUGCACCUUCAGUGAACCCCAAUUCUUGUGCUGAAUUAGAAGCUGUGAAACUAGAGUGGGGAAGUUCUGAUCAAAUAAAUCAAAUUUUAGGAAGAUAUUCAGGAGGAUUUGAUCUGAUUCUUGGAGCUGACAUAUGCUUUCAGCAGUCAAGCAUUCCUUUGCUCUUUGAUACUGUGGAACAGCUUCUUCGCUUUAGAGGAGAACAUUGCAAAUUCAUACUAGCAUAUGUAUCCCGAGCAAAGAUCAUGGAUACACUGGUCAUCAAAGAAGCUGCCCAGCAUGGAAUGAGGAUGAAUGAAGUACCUGGGACCCGAGCUCUGAUCGGAAAUCUUGAAGGAGUCAUCUUUGAAGUUUCCAUUAAUAAGAAUCAUCAGAUCAGUUUGAUAUUAGGACAAUGAGAGGUUUGUGUGUAUGCAGCAAAUCACAAAAAAGAAGGCCAUUCUCCAGGACAAGAUCUGAAGGUGAACUGUUGACAACAUUUUUGCAAAGCUCAAUAUGCUUUUUCCAGAUGGUAGCGACAAAAUUUUGAGAUGAGUAGAUGAGUUGUCUGAAUAGUGUUGUUAAAGUAAUUUCAGAAUUUAAAAUAUGAAGAGAAAUAGACAGUUUAACAUUGUCCUCCUCUUCAUUGGCAUAUACAUGUAAAUGCAUAUUGAUUCGCCUCUGAAGGUGCAUAAACCAUGAUGAAAGCAUUCACAAUCAAAUAAUUUAGUCCAGAUUUUUAAA